UAAGACAACGCUUCUUGGUUUCCAUCUUUUUGAACAUUUUCUAGAAAAAAACGUUCUAACGCUCAUUCACAGGUACUCGUGGGGUUGAUCGUGAUUCACAUCCAUGACAUUGACAAGGGGAUUUGCUGCCAUUGUGAAGACGCUUGGGUGGAGAUUAGGAGGCUACACAAGAGUAGCAAGCUUUGCAGGCCGGCAGAAUCGGCUUUUUUAUACUGCUGGUGGUGAAGGCCCCAUGUCGAGAGAGGUCAAUGUCAAGCAAAGCCCACUUGUGGCUGUUUGUCAGAUGACAGCGACAUCCAAUAAGCAGGAGAACUUUUCAGUUUGCAAGCAACUGAUUGAAAAAGCUAAGGCCAGGGGAGCUCAGAUGGUGUUCCUCCCAGAGUGUUUUGACUUUGUGAGUGAAUCCCGACCACAAGCUCUGGAAUUUUCUGAAACCCUAUCUGGUCCUCUGAUAACUUCAUACCAAGAAUUAGCAAAGAAGCAUGAUAUUUGGCUAUCUUUGGGUGGAUUCCAUGAAAAGGGUCCAGAAGACGAACCAUGUCGCCUAUUCAACACCCAUUUAGUCAUCAACAAUGAAGGAAAUAUCUCCGCCACAUACAACAAAACGCACCUCUUUGAUCUCCACAUCAAAGGCACCAUCAGACUUUCUGAAUCAGACUUCACCGUUCCAGGAUCUCAAGUGGCACCUCCUGUUGCAACCCCAGUUGGGAAAGUUGGUUUGGGAGUUUGUUAUGAUAUGAGGUUUCCAGAAUUUUCUGUGGCUCUUACCCAGCAAGGUGCUGAAGUGUUAACCUAUCCAUCUGCAUUUACUGUACCAACAGGAAUGGCUCAUUGGCAUGCAAUAUUAAGAAGUCGAGCUAUCGAAAACCAAUGCUAUGUAAUAGCAGCUGCACAGGUUGGAAGACACAAUGAAAAGAGACAGUCUUAUGGACAUGCACUGGUGAUUGAUCCCUGGGGCUGCGUGGUUGCAGAGUGUCAAAAUGGGACAGAUAUUGCCUGUACCGAGAUUGAUCUUGGUUACCUUAACAAGAUUAGACAGGACAUGCCUAUGGACAAGCACCGGAGGCAUGACAUUUAUGGACAUAUCGAAACAAGGAGCAAUGUUCCUAUUGACAGUGAAGCCAGCUACCAAUUUGGACAGUUUUCAAUAAGAUCUGACCAGGUGUUCCACAGAUCUAAUCUGUCCAUUGCGUUUGUGAACAUAAAACCAGUGGUUCCUGGACAUGUUUUAGUCUCACCCAUCAGAGUUGUAGAAAAGUUUGCAGACCUGACACCAUCAGAAGUGUCUGAUCUGUUUAAUUGUGUGAAACGAGUAACCAAGGUGAUAGAGGAAGUCCAUGGUGCUACAUCAUCCAGUGUUGCCAUACAAGACGGGCCGGAUGCUGGACAAACAGUUGCACAUGUUCAUGUCCACAUUCUUCCAAGAAAAGCUGGUGAUUUUAAAGAGGAUGAAGUAUAUUCAAAGCUUCAAGAUCAUGAUAAAAAUCUACAAGAAGACAUGAAGCAAGGGAAUAUUCGGACUGAGGAGGAAAUGGCAGAGGAAUCGGCAGGGUUAAGAAGGUUCUUCUCAUGUUGAUUAGGGAAAGACACUCAAUAAUAAGGACAUUUUGUUAUUCUGGACUGUGAUUUUGGACUAGUUGUUAUUGAGAUGGGAGGGCAGAGGAGUGAGCAGGUUUACUGGCACAGACAUCCUCAAUGUGCAUUAUUCAGAGACAGAUGCUUUUUGUUAGGGACGUAAAAGUAUGUUAUGGUGUGGCGUGUGAUCUUGGACAGGAAAGAUUGGGCUGAUGAUGAUGAAAAUUACGAUUAAAUAGAAAUUUUAUACUAACAAUUUGUUGGAGUUAUCAGUUACACUGUACUGUAUCAUGGUCAUGGAGAUUUAAUUUCACUUUUGUUAUUUUUUUCUUAGAACUGCCAAUUAAAGAUCUUCUAUUAUAUAAAGUGUCUCAUCAGAGGAUCUAGACCUACCAGGUCACUUGUGUAUCUUUAUAGAUUAGGGAAGAAAUAUAUUUAUAAAUGGAAUCGACAA